UCUGGUGCCCCCCGCGACUGCGGCUGCGGCUGCGGCUGCGGCCAGGGCUAGAGGGAGAGAGAGACAGAGGGAGAGAGAGAAAGACCGAGAGAGAUAGAGAGCAGCUGCAGCCACAGCUGGAGCCAGAGCCGGGGCCUGAGCUUGGCAGUAAGGCGAAGGGAGGCGAGACAAGGCGCGGCUGACAGCAAUCUUAACAAAGAAUUGGAAGGAGGAAAAAAGUUCUGCAAAGAAAGGAGCACAUGAUUUGGGAUUUUAAGUUGAUGACAUGGAUGAGUCUGCGCUGUCCCUUGGUACCAUAGAUGUUUCUUACCUGUCAAAUUCUUCAGAGUACAGUGUCAGUAGAUGCAAACACUCAGGUGAAGAAUGGGGAGAUUGUGGUUUUAGACCUACUGUCUUCCGAUCAGCAACUUUAAAGUGGAAGGAAACCUUAAUGAACAGGAAGAGGCCAUUUGUGGGACGAUGUUGCUAUGUCUGUACUCCCCAGAGUUGGGACAAAUUUUUCAACCCAAGUAUCCCUUCCUUAGGACUUCGGAAUGUUAUCUAUAUCAACGAAACUCAUACAAGACAUAGAGGAUGGCUUGCAAGGCGCCUUUCAUAUGUACUUUUUGUUCAAGAGCGAGAUGUUCAUAAGGGCAUGUUUGCUACCAAUGUGGCUGAAAAUGUAUUGAACAGUAACAGAGUACAGGAAGCAAUUGAAGAAGUGGCUUCUGAAUUGAAUUCUAGAGAUAGUUCUGCGCAACAGCAAUCGAAAUCUGUCAGCAAAGUGAAAAAGAGAGCUAAGCAGAUUCUCCAGGAAAUGGUUGCUAAUGUCUCACCAGCAAUGAUCAGGCUGACUGGAUGGGUGCUACUAAAACUUUUCAACAGCUUCUUUUGGAGUGUUCAGAUUCACAAAGGUCAACUUGAGAUGGUCAAAGCAGCCACUGAAAUGAAUUUGCCUCUUAUCUUCCUACCAGUUCAUAAAUCCCACAUUGAUUAUCUGCUACUUACAUUCAUUCUUUUCUGCCAUAACAUCAAAGCACCAUACAUCGCUGCUGGCAAUAACCUGAACAUACCCAUCUUCAGUACACUGAUCCAUAAACUUGGAGGCUUUUUCAUACGACGACGGCUAGAUGAGACAUCAGAUGGACGAAAAGAUACUCUUUAUAGAGCUUUACUCCAUGGACAUAUAGUUGAACUGCUGCGACAGCAACAGUUCUUGGAGAUCUUUUUGGAAGGAACACGCUCUCGGAGUGGAAAAACCUCCCGUGCUAGGGCAGGUCUCCUGUCUGUGGUAGUGGAUACUCUUUCUACAAAUACCAUUCCUGAUAUCUUGAUAAUCCCUGUUGGAAUCUCCUAUGAGAGGAUUAUUGAAGGUCACUACAAUGGUGAACAACUGGGUAAACCCAAGAAGAAUGAAAGUCUGUGGAGUGUGGCUAGAGGGGUCUGUCGGAUGUUACGUAAAAACUUCGGUUGUGUCAGAGUGGACUUUGCACAACCAUUCUCCUUAAAGGAGUACCUAGAGAGUCAAAGUCAGAAACCAAUGCCUGCCCCGCUUUCCCUCGAGCAAGCUUUAUUACCAGCAAUACUUCCUUCAAGACCUAACGAUGAUGUUGCUGAUGAAGGUAGAGAAGCUACAGUUAAUGAAUCCAGAAAUGUAAAUGAUGAACCAUUCAGGAGGAAGUUAAUAGCAAAUCUUGCUGAGCACAUUAUGUUUACUGCUAACAAGUCAUGUGCUGUUAUGUCAACACACAUAGUGGCCUGUUUAUUACUCUAUAGACACCGGCAGGGAAUUGAUCUUUCUACAUUGGUAGAAGACUUUUUUAUUAUGAAGGAGGAAGUGCUGGCUCGAGAUUUUGACCUGGGUUUCUCAGGAAAUUCAGAAGAUGUCGUCAUGCAUGCAAUACAGCUUCUGGGAAACUGUGUUACCAUUACCAACACCAGCCGAAAUGAUGAAUUCUUCAUUACUCCAAGCACAACGAUUCCUUCUGUUUUUGAACUUAAUUUCUACAGCAAUGGGGUGCUACAUGUCUUCAUCAUGGAGGCCAUUAUGGCUUGCAGCCUUUAUGCCAUCCUGAAUAAAAGGUGCUCUGGGGGGACUGGGAGUGCAUCACCCUGCAUGAUUAGUCAGGAACAACUCGUCCGUAAAGCUGCUGGCUUAUGUUAUCUGCUUUCUAAUGAAGGCACCAUAUCACUACCUUGCCAGACAUUUUACCAAAUUUGUCAUGAAGCAGUGGGAAGGUUUAUACAGUAUGGCAUUCUUGUGGUAGCAGAGCAAGAUGACCAAGAAGACAUUAGCCCUGGUCUCACUGAACAGUCCUGGGAGAAGAAACUUCCUGAGCCUUUGUCUUGGAGAAGUGAUGAAGAAGAUGAGGAUAGUGAUUUUGGUGAAGAGCAGAGAGAUUGCUACCUAAAGGUGAGCCAGUCCAAAGAACACCAGCAAUUCCUCACCUUCUUGCAAAGGCUCCUUGGGCCUUUGUUAGAGGCCUAUAGCUCUGCUGCCAUCUUCAUCCAUAACUUUAGUGGCCCGAUUUCAGAACCAGAGUAUCUGCAGAAGUUACAUAAAUACUUAAUAACCAGAACAGAAAGGAAUGUUGCUGUAUAUGCUGAGAGUGCUACAUACUGUCUUGUGAAGAAUGCAGUGAAAAUCUUUAAGGACAUUGGGGUUUUCAAGGAGACAAAACAAAAGAGAAUAUCAAUUUUGGAGUUAAGCAACACUUUUCUACCUCAGUGUAACCGGCAGAAACUACUGGAAUAUAUUUUAAGCUUUGUUGUAUUAUAGAAGAAUGGUAGCACUUUUGCUUAAAAAGGAAAAUAAAGGGGGUGGGGAGGGUGAGGCCAGCACAGUCUCCAGGAUUUCACUGGCCCAACAGUUGGAGGUGCCAUUAUGUGUAGGACCUUAUCUGCCUGGAUCUACUGGAAGACAAGUGCCUUCUUCCAUCCAUGGAUUUGUGAUAAUCCUUCUUCAGUAAUAUAAUAACCUACAGCGAACACUUGGAUUUAGCCUCAAUUUGCAAAUCAAAAUCAGUAGACUUAAAAAUGAAAUCUCAGCAAAUUAUUUUGGAUUUUAUUGAAUAGCUCCAUUUUAAAUAACUACUUUUAAGGUCUAAUUCCUGUUGUUUUGCAAAAAAAAAAAAAAAAAUGUAGUGGUAAGCAAAAGCCCCUGAGCUUGUUUAGCAAACAUAGUGCUUUCAGCAAACCCACCAGGAUUUAAGUGCUUUUAAAAAUAAGUUUAAAUCAUCCAAUUCACUCACUUUUUUACGCGCUCUAAAAAAAUAGAAUAAUAUAAUUUUUCAUAUGUGCACCUUUCAUCAGAAAGCUCUUUAAGAAUUGAAUGGGCUGAUACAAAUUGUAGCCUGGGAUCAAUGUUGUUUUCUUUAGGAGUCUGAUAUAAAAGUUGUUAUAGAGCUGCAUGAAAUGAAAUAAUAGCUGAAAUUAAAAUUACUAUAAAUAACAUAGCAGGGAAUAAAUCAAGUAGUCAGAGUUCAAAAGGAGCUGGCCAGGUAUCUUUCACUUUUGCAAAAAGUGCCAUUGAGUUUUAUUGACCACAGUAUACAACUGAUCAUUCAAUUAGUGUUCAGGACCUCUUAUUUUAUAUCUAUAUCCGCAAGGGGUGCACCUUGCAUAGCAUCGUGUCUUUUUACUUCUUUCUGAAGUAUGAAGGAAAUUGCCACAUACUGAAUUGUCCAGCAUUGAUUUAUUUCUAUAGCAUUUGGGUGCUUCUUGGAAGACUCCCACCUAGCCAUGGAUUUAGCUUAACUUGCCUUCUCGUCAGGCGAUGAGAUCUGAGCCUACGGUGCUGUGGCUGGGAAGCCACUACCUUGUAACUCAGCUGCUUUGUGAAGUAAUCAUGCAUGGACAACAGUUAGCUUUGUGAAAAAUCCAUGGUUCUUCAAAAUUACAGGGAAACUACAUGCCAAAACCUAUCAUGUUGAAUUGUUAUUGAGACCACAUAGUGGGCAAAUAAUUAUGAAAGGCUGUCUGUUUGUGAAGGGCACGUGCCAUUUUGUUAGGAGACAGCAUAAUUGUACAUUAAUUGCACUAAUGUUGAUGUUCCCUUAAGGAUAAUGUGACAUUAAAAUGUUUUGUAAUGGACUGCUGCUCAUUAUCUUCAUUGGUAUUAUGAAUUUAAGAGUUUUUUCCCCAGUGAAUGUAGUGUAUGUUUUUAAAUCUAAUGUAAAAUUUACCAAGACUUGUUAAUACUGAUAACUUUGGCUUUAAACACUAUUUAAUAAUAUCUCUUGAAAGAUCAGGGAAUUUUGGAGAUCUAUUACUAACUGGCAUUACACAAAACCUUUUACUUAAAAUGCCCAACAGUGAUGCUAUAAUCUUGUGAUCCUUCAUAGUUAAAUUUCAAGUUAAAUCACAAGUUAUUCUUUAAUAAUUUUAUGGAAAACUAAGCAAGUGGUUAUUUUGAUAGUAAACUAAUCUGAAGGGUGUGCACCUUCCUUCCAGUCUCCUUUUGUUCCAAACCUCUGUUCUAGGGGAUGUGAUGAUAAAAUUCAUAUUUUAACAUUCCAGUUUAUUAACCAAGUUAGCAAGGAAUGAACACAUCCACAUUGGGUAGGACACUACACUUGGAAGAAAUACUUAGGGAAGCUUCCUUUUUUCUUGGUUUUGUAUUACCUUGGGAAUCAGACCUUUUAAAAAAAAUCUUCUUAGGGGAUUUGGGGUAGAAACCCAGGAAACUUUCCCCUUUUUUUAACCUCCUAAUUUUCAAUUUAAGACUUUGCCAGCUUUAUUGUAGUUUGCUGGUGAGCUGAUGUAGGAAGGUCCACUGCACAGCCACUGCAGUAGGGAUCUGCUAUGUAAAAUUCAAGUCUGCUUUGAGGAAUGAAUAACAACUUCUCUUUUUGUUUCCUGUUGAUACAUUUAGAUCCAACUUCCCCGUGUCUUUUGUAGAAGUCUAGUGAAAUGCUUUGGAAAGUGCAGCAAAUGAUCUUGCCACUUAACUAUAAUUCACUGUGAGCAUAAUUAUGCAUGCUUUUUGUUAUUAACAGGUGCUUUGAAAACUUUUUAAGGAAGAAAAUCUCAACCAAAGUUACACUACUGCAGAUGUACUGACACCAGAGAUAAGUUUUAGAAUAUUGCACUAUUCAAUGCCUCAGCUACUGAAAUAUUUUUAGUUCAUUUGAAGAGCUCCAUCCCACUUGACUAUAGCCAAAGCAUCCUCUUUGCUAAUAGAGAUAUUUUCUGCAUACUUUCUUAAAGAUGGUGGCUUCCAUUUAAGGCUAAACAAACUAGGUGCUUGUAAAUACUUUAUUCUGGUUUACUCUACCGCAUGCACUUAUGUGAAACUGAAGUGCAUGUCCUCUAGGGGGAGGCUGUGAAUGAAGGACCGCUUAAGCAAUAUGAAACUUCACUCUUCUUAAUGAAAAUAUCCUGUGUAAUUCAGACUAACAGGGAAGGAAUCACUUCUUUCCUUCUUAAAAACAAAACAGAAUGAAAUCUGUUGAAUUAGAACAGAAAGUACUUUAUAGAUUUGGGAAUGGAGACGGGUGAGGAGAAUACUAUCUGAAUUUUAAUUACUGUGAAUUUAGAUUAUGAGCAGUUUGGGAAAGAAUUAACUGUAUUUUAGACAUUUAAAAAAAAUCAGUGAUAAAGUAAAUUAAAACUGAAGCAAAAGGUAAAUUGCAUGCAUGUUAUGUGAUUGUGUUGCAUAUAAUGGGUAUAUAAUGUGAAUGUGUGUGUGUAUAUAAAUACAGCUAUGUCUAUAUAGACACACACAUAUUUCCCCUGAAGCUAAUAAGCACAGAAAACUACUGUGAUAUUGGGUUCCUAAAAUGAAAAGCCUUUCUUUUGGAGGAUAGGUCAAGGGUGGUUCAUCUCAAAGAUCUAGGAUCUCUACUGGAAGUUCAGAGCUAUUGCUCUGAUUUGGGGCAAAUGGCUAGAUUCAGAAUGAGGACCUAGACGUAAAUAUUGGUUGACAUGUCUGAAGCAGGUUAUUGCAAACAAGUAGUUCUAGAAUUGAGAUAGGAUGGAACCUGUUCUUUGAUUUUUGCUAAUUCUAAUUUGCUAAAGUUAGAGUGUAAAAAUCAAUUUGGUUCUUUUUAGGAACUGCAGACUUGGUAUCUUGCAAUUUAGUUUUAAAAAAAACUAAUGAUUACAUUUCGAAAGAAAUUUUUGACGUUCUUAUAUCUCAAACUCUGAAAUGCCUUAUUGGCAGUUUUUAAAAUACUUGCCUGUUUGUGUACAGAAAAACACCACAUUAAUAUUGUAAAAAAUAUGGAUAGAAAACAUUGUAAAAAAUAACUGUCGAAUCUGUGAACUAAACCAAUUUGGAAACAUUAGCUAAUUUCUAUGCCUGUUAAAUGUCAUGUCAGAAGCACAGAAAUGUAGUUUUAUUAUAAUAAAUUACAAAAUCACAAUGUA